AUCGUCUCUAAAAUGAAUUUCAACCUGUAGUUUUCUGCUAUCGUACCAAAGCAAGUUCUUGUAUGCAAAAGGCAGACAGGAUUCAAGUCUUUGGCAUUUUAGAGAUGUUCAGCUACAUACAGCGUCGUACUGAAGAUGUCUCAUCGAAACCCGCAUGCUGAUUCAAAUGCAUGCACUAUAAUACGCCGAGACGGUGCUUCGCGACGAUAUCGUAAUAUAAUUCCACUGUACACCGUACCACCAGCUAUAUUCUUUCGAGUAUUUGAUCUUUGCAAUCUUCAAUCCUACCAGAAUGCUUUGGAUGCAGUCCAACAAAUCAGCGCUGACACGCUGUCUAUCAAGCAAUCGUUCGAUGCUGUAUACAACUACCUCUCUACGGUGAAGAAUAGCGUUCACAAGGACGCACGGCGCGAAGAAGUGUCAAGUUAUGUCAGUAAUUGGAGCGAGCUUCGAAUGGUUUGCCAGGGAUACGGAAAGCUUCUCUGGGAGUCUCGUGAAAUCGCUAUACGUGCACGCGAGUCUGCGAACGAUUUUACUCACGCCUUUAUCGACGACGUCCUGUUGAAUAAUGCCAUAAGUAUUCUGGAUAUCAAGACGCAGAUCUCUCAAUAUGCAUCGAGUAUCGAGAGGGAGAAGACACAGUCUAUCGACGUGGUGAACCAUAUCCACUGCUUAAUUGACAAUGUCAAUGAUUUUCGCCGCCGCUGGUCGACAUCAAUUUAUGGACAAGAACCCCGCUGGUGGAGGUUUGGAAUGUAUAACAAUAUCCAGUGGUACGAAAUAAAUGAUGUAUUCACAGUCCUUUCCUCGAAGAUGGCAUCUGUUGGCCGGAAUAUGAAACGGGUGUUUCAAAGCAACUCGCUGGAUAGAGCACAGGAGUUUGUUGCGCCCCCACUCACGUCCAGGAGGGCUUACCAGCACAUGGACAACAUCGCAGACAAGCUCAACACAAUUACCAACAUCUGGAUGGCUAUUGCGGACGAUUUGAUGUCGCUUGGUUUUCCACUUGACUUGGUGGUGAAUCACUCUACUGAGCCGAAUAUGCGAACGGCUUUUAUUAAGCGUUGCCAGAAUAUGCGCGAAAAGUACAUCGCCUUAUUCAAGCUUUACGACUGUUAUGGCGCCGCUUUGUGUACUCUAAAUUGAGACCGACCGGGUGGGGAGGGCGACUUCUAUAUAGUGAUUAUCGGAUUGCUGCUUACAUGUGUCUGACCGUUCAUGGAGAGAAGCUUCCGAACGGGAUCGUCUUGACCAUGCCCUUGCAUCGUGUCUGUCUCCACUCCCUUAUUGAACCUCCUUCCUUUCAUACAUGCAUGCUUCCAAUUCGGCACUCCUUCAUUUCCGGGU